CUUUUACAUAACUAUAUUCAAAUAUAAAUCAUUUUACAUUCAACUUGUUGAAAUUGUUUGUAGUUUGUUUCUAGUCCCACAUUGUUCGGAUUUCCGGGCUGUUGAGUGUAUAAAUAUGUUUGAGUUUCGCCUAUUUAACACAACUCACUUUUUACCGAAAUCAAUCGCUUAAAAUCAAUUAUUGUGAGACUGUUUGGAAUGACUUAUUUGAACUUAUUUUGUGAAACUGUUUGGGAAAGUUUGUGGAAAGAUAUUAUAACAUGUUCAUUAUUUUUAUAAGGUCUCCAAGAAAGCUUAUGAAAACAACUUACAACUUACAUGAAUACAGCUUGACUUCAUUUCAGCUUUUGUGAUAGAAAUAUCUCAUACAUAAGUACUUAUUUGAUAAGUGUUUAUGUUAUAAGCUCUGAAUUAUAUUGUUUAUCAAAACAGUAUUUAUACAUUGGUCUCAUAUGGUUUGGAACUUUAAUGCUCACCGUAAUAUAUCACUCUGGCACCACUCUUCCCCUGUUUUGAUGCAGAACAGAAAGUCUGGGACCGGUAUAAGAUUAACUAUUGUGUGAAAUUACUGUUGGAACUAUCAUGACUACUAAUACAAGGGCAAUUAAGGCCCUUGAGGCUAUGAAGGACUUAGGAAUCUCGGAGGACGAGGUGAGACCGGUGUUGCUAAAGUUGUAUAAAUUGUAUGAUAAAAAAUGGGAGCUUAUUGAAGAUGACAAUUAUCGGACACUUAUAGAUGCAUACUUUGAGUCAAAGGAAGAUAAGGCAUACUUUGAGUCAAAGGAAGAUAAGCAAGAAGAACAUAAGAGAAAAGCUCCAGCAAGUUGUCAUGAUGGAGAGAAACCUAAACAGAAACUUCACUUGGUCGAUAUAGACAACCAGGUUUUGUCAGCUGACAACUCAAGACAAGUGUUGUCUGUAGAAGACACUGGCAUACCUUCCAAGACUUUUAAACAGGAAACUAUGAAACCUUCUCAAAUUUCCAGGCAAGAUAUGAAGCUCACAACCAAUUCGCAGGCAUUCAUGGCUGCUAGAGAUAGAAAGAUUUAUCCUGGGGCAGCAUCAUCUGAAGGUCGCUGUAAAGAUCCAAUUGAUGGACCUUGCCAUCGUUCUAUUCAGAGGAAAAAUAUGUCAAGAGGAAAUGAUAAACCUAAGUCUCAUCCCGGAUCUGUUUCGACAAGUUGCAAUGGCUCACUAAAUGCUUCCAAUGGAAAUCUUACUGUCAAAUCCCUGUCAAGAGGAAAUGAUAAACCUAAGUUUUAUCCCGGAUCUGUUUCGACAAGUUGCAAUGGCUCACUAAAUGCUUCCAAUGGAAAUCUUACUGUCAAAUCCCUGUCAGAUGUGUAUCAGAAUACACACAAGAUAGAAGCUACUCCCACAUGCAAUAAUAACACCAGAACCAGUAAGGGUAAUAUUGAUAUUGGUUCUUCUUCACCCUUGGGAGAAGUUAAAUCUUCUUUAGAUUGUGAUGCUGCAUUAAGGACUGGCUUGAAUUUAAGUCGAAAUGGGUCAAGGCAAACUCUUUCUGAGGAUAAAAAGAAAUCCUUUCGAUAUGUCGAAGACAUUACAAAAGGUUCUGAAAACAUUAAAAUAUCAUUAUUAGAUGAAACCAACAGUGAGGAUUUUCCAAAAUUUAAUUACAUUCCAUGUAACACACUGUAUCAAAGUGCAAAUGUUAAUAUUUCACUUGCUCGGAUUGCGGAUGAGGAUUGCUGCUCCGAUUGUUUAGGCGACUGUCUUUCCUUGUCAGUUCCUUGUGCAUGCUCUCAAGAAACUGGUGGAGAGUUUGCUUACACUUCACAAGGUUUGUUGAGUGAGAAGUUUUUAACAGAUUGCAUGUCUAUGGUAAAGGAACCCCAGCAUCAUCAUUAUGUGUUUUGUAAGGAGUGCCCAAUUGAGAGGACCAAGAAUGAGACCAAACCUGAAUCAUGCAAGGGACAUCUGGUUAGGAAGUUUAUAAAGGAGUGCUGGAGGAAAUGUGGAUGUGACAUGCAGUGUGGAAAUCGGGUAGUGCAACGAGGUUUAAGCCGUAAAUUGCAGGUGUUCUUGACUCAAGAAGGAAAGGGCUGGGGCGUUAGAACGCUAGAAGAUUUGCCCAAGGGAUCCUUUGUCUGUGAAUAUGCAGGGGAGAUUUUAACCAAUUCAGAAUUAUAUGACAGGAUUGUGUAUAGUACCGGCAAUGAUAGACAUACAUAUCCUGUAACACUUGAUGCAGACUGGGGCUCGGAAGUGGGAUUACAGGAUGAAGAGGCAUUAUGCUUGGAUGCAACAAAUAAUGGGAAUGUUGCAAGAUUCAUCAAUCAUAGAUGCUCCGAUGCAAAUCUAAUAGACAUUCCUGUUGAAGUGGAGACACCUGACCGCCACUAUUAUCAUCUUGCCCUCUUUACAAACAAAGAUGUGAGUGCAUACGAGGAGUUGACCUGGGAUUAUGGCAUUGACUUUGAUGACCAUACCCAUCCUAUUGAAGCAUUUCAAUGUUGUUGUGGAAGCGCUUUCUGCCGUGAUAGAAAACAAAAAGGAAUUAGAUUAGCAAAGACAAAAAAAGUCAAGCAUACACAUACAAAGAAAUAAAGUAGUUGAGAUUUUGUCCGUUAAACUUAACUCAAUUCACAAUGCCGAGAUUGUGGAAUCUCUUCCCUUACGGUGGUGUUUGUCACUUCCUGACAAAAAAAACAAAAAAGUAGUUGAACAUUUCCAAGUGAGGUUGAGUCUAAUGGAAGAAGUUAGACUUCCACAACGUUGCAAAUCAAAGUUUAAAUCUCAGUUGAGAGUUGAUCGCAUUUAGUGUUUGACACUAUCUCGAAUAUGAUUACUUUUCUCGGAAAAAUCCACGAGAGAAAAAAAAGUAGUUGAGAUUUUAUUGUUAAGUAUUUUUUCUAGUCGGCAAAUGUUUGCAAGAAAUAUUUUCAAGUAGUUUAUUGCUGUUGCUGUUGCGGUAUUUGGCUGCCUUAUAGGUGAAAAUAAUUUUGUUUGGGAAAUCAUUUUUUUUAGGGAUUGUUUGGGAAUUCUUUUGUAAAUUUAGUAUCGCCAUUUUCUUUAUUGACCAAAAGGGCUUCAAGAAACCAAGGAGGUCAUCCCCCACCACAUUCUACCACACAGAAUGCGGAGGUAAAGGAGGAGAGAGGCUGGGUUAGAAUUCAAGAAAUCAAAGGUGGAUUCAUGGCCAAAAUUAGCCAGAAGAUUGGUACAGUUUCCUUAUCAUAAUGUUUGCCUAAAUUAGAUACAGACAUUUCACAAACCAUGAAGGACAAAACUAGCAGGUAUCAGGGCACCCGAUCUUGACAAGGUUAACAACAAACAAUAGUGUAUUCUUGGUUACAAUAUUUUGAAGAAAAAAUUGUUUUUAGAGAUGUAUAAUUGAUUUUAAUAUGUUUGAUUAUUUAAGUA